GGCCGCACCAGCACCACGCUGGCACGCCGCCUCCGCACUCCACGCAGACACGCACAGCUCCACCACCCAUGUCGCGCCCUCUCCAACUGCUCAUUUCUGCUCCCCCCCUUGUGCCCCUGUGAACGCGCGCGAGUGUGGCGGAGACCGGAGAGGAGGGAGGGAAUCCCCCUUUCCGUUCCAGUGUUCCGCGCCGUGCUCGCGCGCGCGCGCACCCACCCGCACUCCGCACGCCGCCUUUUCCUCCGCCCUGCUGCUCUCCUCCCACUGGACGACCAAAAAUCUUUUCCUUCACUUUUCUCUCCCUUUUCCCCGCGCAUGCACGGGCUCUGAUUGACGCCAUGGGGGACGCCGCCGCCGCAGCGGCCUCCACGUCCGCUCCCGACACGCCCACAUCCAUCCUCAUCUGCCGGGAGGACGGCGGCGGCUUUCUCGCCGACGCCGACGACGAUGGCGACGGCGCGGACCUCGUCGUCGCCCGCGACGAACGUCUGCUGGUCGUGGACCAGGACGAGGAGUAUGUCGCGCUGCUCCUGUCCGAGGAGAGCGCGUCAGGCAGCGGCGGCGCCCCGGCGGAGGAAAUAGAGGAGUGGAUGAAGGCCGCGCGCUCCGGAUGCGUCCGCUGGAUCAUCAAGACCACGGCGACGUUCCGGUGCGGCGGGAAGACCGCCUACGUCGCGGUCACUUACCUCGAUCGCUUCCUCGCGCAACGGCGAGUCAAUAGAAGGCAGGAGUGGGCUUUGCAGCUGCUCGCGGUGGCGUGCCUGUCGCUGGCGAUCAAGAUGGAGGAGCAGCACGCGCCGCGGCUGUCGGAGUUCCGGGUGGACGCGUACGAGUUCGACAGCGCAUCCAUCCUGCGGAUGGAGCUCUUCGUCCUGUCCACUCUCGAGUGGCGGAUGAACGCCGUCACCCCCUUCUCUUACAUCAGCUGCUUCGCGGCGCGGUUCCGGGAAGACGAGCGCCGGGCGAUCCUCCUGCGCGCCGUGGAGUGCGUCUUCGCGGCGAUCAAAGCGACGAGCUCGGUGGAGUACCAGCCGUCGACCAUGGCCGUCGCAUCCAUCCUCGUCGCACGCGGCAGGAAUCUGGACGCGCUCAAGGCGAUCCUGGGCUCAUCAUGUCCGCACAUAGACACCGAGCAUGUGUACUCCUGCUACAGCGCGAUGGUUCAGGACGACGACAAGUCGCCGACGCGCUCGACGUCGACGGGGGUGGCGUCCUCGGGCGUCUCUGUCGCCGCGCACGCCGGGAGCGGGAGCGGGAGCCCCAGCCCGGGCGCCUCCGUGUCCGUGGGCGCCAAUAAUGCCGCUGGCACCGCCACGCCGGACAACCACAGCAACAAGAGGAGACGGUUGCGCUCACCUCAGCGACAGUAGGAGCUGCUAGGCAGUGACGGCAGUGCAGUCCAGCUGCAUUUUUUCAGCUCACCAUUUCCUUUUUGCUGCUGAUUGUUUCUUCGUUCAGGGAGGGGGUGGCCAAAAAUGCCCGAAUCCAAAUGGGGGCGAGAUUUGAUUCUUCGGAUUAGUGCGGUGUCAGCAGGGUAAUUUAGUGCUGGAAAGAUUUUUGGUUUUGAGGAGAUCUUUCCCGGGAUCAAAGGGGGCAUGGCAGUGUAAGGACCAAAGCUGAAACAGAGCAAAGCUCUUGCUCAAAGCGGGAAGGCCUCAGACAGACCUGACUUCACAGGGUACCUACCAUGGUAAAAGUGAGUGAAGUCAAGGAGUAGGGAGUCAAUUGUUUUUUUUUGUGUGUGAAUACCCGUCUGUACCAGGCUACCAGCUAAUCCCGGCUGUCUGUCAUCUUUUCUUUCUCUGUUUAUUAAUUAUUAAUAGCCAGUCACUGCAUCAGUGACAAUAUAGUUAACCAGGUAUUUGUGUCAAUUGGUUAGUAUUUGCUUGAGCCGUAUCAUGCUCUUCAGACA